AUGUCCAAUGUGUACACACUGAAAGAUCUCAAUAAAAAGGGACAUCGGCUGGGUAGUGCAUAUGAGCAAAAGCUCGAAAAAAAAAUAAGAUCUGUUACCAAAUUUAACUCUGAGAUUAACGAUCUUAGUGAAAAGCUGGUAGAUAAAUACAAUGAGCAGGAAAAGAAAUAUCAGCGAAGCUAUAGUGAUAUUGGAAAUAAGAUUAGCCAAUUAAAUGCAUCCAGCACUAAAGUUAGAUCCCAACUUAUUUCUGAACAAAAGUCUCAUUCUGAGAGUCAACAUGAGCUUGAAGGCAAAUACACUGCCGAAAUCAAAUCGCUCAAAUCUUCUAUUAAAUCAUUGAAGGGAGAAGCGACCUUGGCCCAGAAAGCUUCAUCUCUCGAUAAGGUCAAAAUUAUUUCUCUUGAAGCUAAGAUAGAUGAAUUGGAAGCUAAAGAGCCAGCCCAAAUAAACUUAUCUGAAAUCAAUUCUCUCAGGCUUGAAUUAGGAUGGAAAGAUAAUGAAGUAGUCCCAGAAAGAUCAGCUGAGCAUGAGCCUCCCCUUACGAAUAAUAUGAAAGAAAGAGUGAGUGAACAGGUUCCAAAAAAACUACAACAUUCUGCUCUUAAUUCUCUACCCUCCCAAAUAUUUUCUGUAGAUAGCGCAGAAGCCGAGCCUUUACUAACAAUUGCCCCUAUCAUUGCGG